UGGGGCGGGGACAUCGGGACUGCGGCGGCGCGGACAGCAGCGCAGACGGGGACCACAGCGGCCCAGGGUCGGUCUGGGGUUCUAGCAGCCGGCCCUGUGCACCCAGCCGGCUUCGGAGAAGAUGCCGGAACAGAGCAACGACUACCGCGUGGUUGUGUUCGGUGCAGGCGGGGUGGGCAAGAGCUCGCUGGUGCUCCGCUUUGUGAAGGGGACGUUCCGUGACACCUACAUCCCUACCAUAGAGGACACGUACCGACAGGUGAUCAGCUGUGACAAGAGCGUGUGCACACUGCAGAUUACGGACACAACCGGCAGCCACCAGUUCCCCGCCAUGCAGCGGCUGUCCAUCUCCAAGGGCCACGCCUUCAUCCUGGUGUUCUCGGUGACCAGCAAGCAAUCGCUGGACGAGCUGAGCCCCAUCUACAAGCUGAUCGUACAGAUCAAGGGCAGCGUGGAGGACAUCCCCAUUAUGCUGGUGGGGAACAAGUGCGACGAGACGCAGCGGGAGGUGCACACCCGCGAGGCGCAGGCCGUGGCACAGGAGUGGAAGUGCGCCUUCAUGGAGACCUCGGCCAAGAUGAACUACAACGUGAAGGAGCUGUUCCAGGAGCUGCUGACGCUCGAGACGCGCCGCAGCGUCAGCCUCAGCGUGGACGGCAAGCGCUCCAGCAAGCAGAAGAGGGCUGACCGCAUCAAGGGCAAGUGCGCGCUCAUGUGAGCCGGCCAGAACCGGCUAGGGCCUCCAGGGCUCCUGCUCCCCUCCCCCUCCCUCUUUCCCUCCCUCCCUCCCUCCCUUUCUCCUCCUUCCCUCCUUCUCUUGCUCCUUCUCUCUACUCCCCUUCUUCUCUCCCUCUCCCUCCUCCCCUCUCCUUCUGCUCCUCCCCCCCCUCUUCCUACUCCUCCCUGCCCUCCUUCCUUCCCCCUGUCCUCCUCCUCUUCCCUCCUUCUUCCCUCCCUUCCCUCCCAUCCCAUUCUUCCUCUUACCCUCCCUCCGCUUCUUCCUUCUCCGUGGCUUCCUCCAUCUCUCUUCCCACACUACCAGCCCACAGUAGGGUUGAGCUCCACCCCAGUCCCUUCACACCUCCAUCCGCUAUCAACCCUUGCUGACACCUCCCUCUUUCUCUCUGUCCACGCCCCUCCCCCCGUUCUAUCUGUACCCCACAUUCCAGCAAGGACCAGAGAGGCUGCCUUGCCUCUUAGUCUCUGUCCCUUUCCAGGGGUGUUCCCAGUCACACCCACACCCUGUCCCCCACAUUCUAUCACUGUGACCUCUUACAUCUUAUUUCCUUCACCUGGUCCUGUCUGUUCCCUGUGACCCCUGACCUGAACCCUUCCCUGGGUCCAGAACACACCCAGUCUUCUCCUGCAGUACACCAGGGUGGAUGGGCCCACGGGCUGGGCCUCAGGCCACCAGGCAAUAAACAGAGCCUGCAGCAAUGCCCUGCCAGCCCCAAGCGCCACCCCUGGAGCAGCAGACACCCACAGCACAAGCCCAGGACUGUUCUCAGCAGAGGCACAAGGGGACCAGAGCCUGGAGCGUGGGAUGGCUGCCUGGAGGCUACCCAUCUGGACGCUGGCCUUCUACGGAGACAGUAGUGCCUCAACGGUGACCCCAAGUUGAGGUUUGGGGUGCUGAGGAAGGGUGCCCAACUGAGAGCCCAUUGGUGAAGCCCCCAUGUGGGGAGAUUGGGACUAGUUCCUGCUGCCGCAGGGCCCUGACAGACCCUGAGCGCCUCUGCUGGUUGUUCGUACCCAGAGACCGUUCCCCGCGUGUGCCCUGAGUCCCGGAGCCUCUGUGGUAUCUGCGAGACUGUCCAGGACACUUGAGUGGCACUGGCUCCUGGGCCUGUGUCCCACCCACAUGAGGGAGACUGUAGAAUCCUAUGUUCAUGUGACUUUGUGUGUGUGUGACGGGUGUGUGUUUGUCUUGGGAUGGAGUGUUUCUGUGCCAUUCUGUGCCCUUAGCGAGAGCACAGUGUGGAUGGUGGCCGGGAGAGCGGCCUGUGUGUGGCUGUGGAGGGCACCUAGACAUCGUGGUCUUCCUGUAUGGACUGUGUGUUCAGGAGUGGGCAGCAGUGGAUUUGACAGCCUGUCUGUUUGGCCUUCUGAGGAGCACCAGGUCCUGUUCCAGGCUGUGGCAAGCUGGCCUGUGGCUCAGUCAGCUAGUGUUGUGGAACAAGAGUCAGAGAUGCUGGCACUGGGCCUCAGUGCAUGUGGUCCUUACCUCUCGGGGACAGCAGGCCAGGCUGGGGCUGGGGCAAGCUGGGUCCUCUGUUGUGUGUGUGUGUGAGAGAGAGACAGAGAGAGACAGAGGGCCAGAGAGGCAGAAAGACAGCUGCAGCCGGAAGCCAAGGGGGGUCCAGACCUCAGUGGGGUCUCUGUCUCCUGCACACAGGGCAAAUCACAGCCUGAAGCCUGAGUCUGAGUGUAGCUGAGCCCUGAUCUCCAGCCAGGCCACGGCCCCCCCACAGCCGCCACCUGUUCCCUAGCCCCGGGAGCGGCUCCUGGCUGGACAGGGGGUCACAGCCCUUUCUCAGGGACACACCCUGAUAGCACAAUCUCUGGGCCACCCCAAGCCUCUCCUGGCUGGUGUUGCCCAUCCUGGGAACCACCAGGCUGGGUGGCAGGGGAGGCGGGAGCCCGCCCUGGCUGCCGGCCAACCUGCCCAGGCUUCUCUGGUGCUGGGGACCCCGCCAGGCCUCGCUUGCUGUGACCCACCCCUGCCCCCCGCAUGUGGGAGCCCCGCCCCGCGUGGGGUCUGUGUACCGUUCGCUGUAGACCUUGUCUUCCGCAAUAAACAUGUGGAUCCUGCC